AACAAUGUCUCUUAUUCGUUUUAUGUAAGCCAGUGGAAGAAUAUGAAGUUCAGCUUCGGGUUGUUCUUGGUCUUCGUCUUUGGUGCCGUCCUUACGGUCAAUGCCUACUACAGAGAUGAGGAGGUCAGGCGGUUCAUAGCCGAUAUCCCUGAAGAAGAAAGAAUGGCCGUUCUGAGGUAUUCAAUCAUCAGAGGGUAUGAACUUACCGAAAGAGAAUCUAGUGGCCUGGAAAUACCUAUAGUUGAUUACGAGGUCAGUCGCGGGAUGAUGAGGGCUAUAUAUGAGUACUACCUUAAAAACCAUACUGUCGAACAUGUCAACUACCCUUAUCCCUCGGAUAUAAUAUGUUUCCCUAGCGGAUGCAUCGAGAUUGGUGACCCAGGAGUUCAUCCAUAGUGGCCACCGUUUAUUUGUAUUUAAUAUGAUAUGUGAUGUCUUCGUACUCAUUAAGUUCUAAAUAAAUGUAUAUAAACCUGUAGCUAAUUAUACAUACCGUAAAAUAUUUCUGUAUUAAAUAUAAUGCUUGCAAGAUGUUAUAUCAAAUUUUAA